ACCAUCUUCGGUAGGCUUUGCUCUCUACAGGCCUAUCCGAAGAAAAGAAAGUUCCCGCCGUGUUUUCUACUGCUUCUCGAUUUCUGCUUUUCCUGCUGUUAAAUAAACUUGUUUUGAUACACAAACAUGAGGCGAACCAGAAGUUCGAGAAAUAAAAGCCAGCGCGCACAAGAAAACCACGAAGUCCCGUCAAAAACAGUGUGGCAGUGGAAAGGAGAUGAAGGACAGUGGGAAUCGUACCCGCCUACAGCCUGUGCCUUGCUUGAUUCAGCCAUUUCUUCAGGGAGGACAUCCGUCACUCUGACUCUUGGCUCGGGGGCAGCAUAUGAAGUGGAUUUGAAGAAGAUGGUCCAGAUUAACCCUGUGACGAAAUACAAGAGAAAAAUCCGCUCCAAGACUGUAAAAACAGAGAGUUUACAGGAAGCUGAUGAUGAGGCUGCUCAUAACACAGAAUUCAUUCAGGUAAAAGAGGAAGAGGAGGAGAAUGAGGAGCAGCCUACCGCUAAGAGGAGAAGAGGUCAAAGCAAGAGUGCAGCAAAAACCGAAGAGAUGCCAAAAGAGGAAGAGGUGGUGAGGACAGUGGUGAUGAAGGGCAAAGCUCCAGUGGACCCUGAAUGCAAAGCUAAACUUGGAAAGGCUCAUGUUUACAGUGAAGGAGCUGAUGUUUAUGACGUGAUGCUAAACCAGACGAAUCUGCAGUUUAACAACAAUAAAUAUUAUCUGAUCCAGCUUCUGGAGGACGACAGCUCCAAAGGUUACAGCGUGUGGAUGCGAUGGGGCAGAGUGGGGAAAGUGGGUCAGAACAGCCUAGUAGCCUGUGGUGGAGAUCUGCUGAAGGCCAAAGAUCUCUUCAAGAAAAAGUUUGCUGACAAGACAAAGAACGAGUGGGAGCAUCGGGGGACUUUUGAAAAAGUUGCUGGGAAAUACGACAUGGUGUUCAUGGACUACAGCAUGAAUGGAAAAGAGGAGAACCAGAUCGUGGUGGAUUCUGCACCCAAAAGGAAGCCAUCUCAGCUGGAUCUAAAGGUUCAGUCUCUCCUUGAGCUCAUCUGUGACCUCAAAGCCAUGGAGGAGUGUGUGCUGGAGAUGAAGUUUGACAUCAAGAAAGCUCCUUUGGGGAAGCUGACCUCGGAGCAGAUCCGUGCCGGCUACGCAGCUCUGAAGAGAAUCGAGGAUUGCUUGAAGAAAAAGGGCAGCAACCGAGAGCUGCUGGAAGCCUGCAACCAGUUUUACACCCGCAUCCCUCAUGACUUUGGGUUGAAAACUCCUCCAGUCAUUCGCUCAGAAGAGGAGCUGAAGGAGAAAAUUUCUCUGUUGGAGGCACUGAGUGACAUCCAGAUCGCGGUGAAAAUGACUCAGUCAAGUGCAGACAGUGAUGAACAUCCUUUAGACAGACAGUACCAGUCCCUCCAGUGCAGACUGCAGCCCCUGGACUCCAGCAGCCACGAGUACAAAGUGAUAGAAAAGUAUCUGCAGUCCACUCACGCCUCCACCCACAGUGACUACAGCAUGACCGUCCUCGACGUCUUCUCGGUGGACAGGGACAGGGAGAGCGACAACUUCCUGUCACAGCUACACAACAGGACCCUGCUGUGGCACGGUUCCCGCAUCUCCAACUGGGUCGGCAUCCUCAGCAAGGGCCUCCGCGUGGCGCCGCCUGAGGCACCUGUCACUGGUUACAUGUUUGGUAAAGGCAUCUACUUUGCUGACAUGUCCUCUAAAAGUGCCAACUACUGUUUCGCCAGCCAGAGCAACCACGUUGGACUGCUCCUGCUUUGUGAGGUCGCUUUGGGAGACUGCAACGAGCUGCUGGAUGCGGACUACGAAGCUGAUAAUCUGCCUGCAGGAAAACACAGCACCAAGGGUCUGGGUCAGACUGGACCGGACCCCAGAAAUGCCGUCACACUGGACGGCGUGACGGUUCCGAUGGGGCCCGGGGUGAAGACAGGAGUGGGCCGAACCAAUGGUUACUCGCUCCUUUACAACGAGUUUGUUGUUUAUAAUCCAGCUCAGACUAAGAUGAGAUACCUGCUGCGGAUCCGGUUUAACUAUUCCUCACUGUGGUGAAAACCUUUGCUGUUGCUAAGCAGAUUACAGACAUUUUCACAUACACAAAAGCUGCAGAAGGUCAUUCAUUUUUGUUUACUGGUGGAAAAGUAAGUAUUUUUUUGUUUUCCAACCUGAAUAUUUAUGUCCUCAACCUCUAACGGUGUGAAAUCACAGUCACCUGUUUUAAAUGUUAGAUAUUAAGUGAAGGAAAUUCUGAUUUUAAUUUUCAGCUCAAAAGACUUCAGAUGUUUGCAGCAAAAGUUGCUAAACUAAAGAAAAAAAGUUUCAUUUGUAGCUAAAUUUGAGGAUGAAUGCCCCACUCUUUUUCAGUUAAAGGUACAUUUACACCAUUGUCCUUUUAAAAUCAUAAAUACAGCCUAAAUGUUUGUUAUCUGCAGCUUUAAGUGACUCCUCCUGCAGGAGAUCUGAUCAUCUUUUUUCUGUUGUGGGUUUUUCUCAUUUCUCUCUAACCUCAAACCACAGAUUUAAGACAGAAGGGAGAUUUUGCACAACUUUUCUUGUCAUUGUAGCUCUGUGUGAUAAAAAUCUUUUUAAUAAAAGCUGUACAAUAAUAUUA